UGUGGCGUCUCAUGAGUAUUUUUGACAUUGACAUAUCUAAAGCAUGCAUUAUGGUGUGAAUCGGUAGCUUCAUGCUGUUGGCAAAAAAUAAAACAUUGCCAAAAGCUGUUCGAUGUAUACCUUCUAGCCAUAUGCUAGCGAAACCUGAUCAGUCAAAGCUAGCUAGCUACGGUGUAUUCUGGAAGUGAAUACAGCAUGAUUGAGAGCUGGCCACCCAAAGUUAGCAUUGGUAUUCCGUCCCAAUCUCUCCAAGCUGAAUAAAGAUCUCUAUUCCCUUUGUCGUAAGAUAGCUGCAUGCCAACCUGUUAAUAUUUCUGAAUGCAUUAGCCCUGCUCUUACACCCAUACGUGACUCCCAGCUUCACUCUUCAGUCGGCAACUCCUGUGCGUUCUUGGCAGAUGGGUUUAUCUCCUCCCAAGGCACAUAUACCUUGAUAAACUGAGCAAUAUGGCACAGGCAUUACAGCCUUGCUGGUUUAAUCAUGUGUGUUUAAUCAGGGCAGGGAAACCUCCUCCAGGACUUCAUCUGGAUGUGGUGAAGGGAGACAAACUGGUGGAGAAGCUAAUCAUUGAUGAGAAGAAAUACUACCUGUUUGGAAGAAACCCGGACAUGUGUGACUUCACGAUAGACCACCAGUCUUGUUCUCGAGUCCACUCAGCGCUAGUCUACCACAGGCACCUCAAGAGGGUCUUCCUUAUCGACCUCAACAGCACUCAUGGGACCUUUCUAGGACGCAUCCGUCUGGAGCCCCACAAGCCCCAGCAGGUACCCAUCGACUCCACCAUGUCAUUUGGGGCAUCCACGCGUGUCUACACCUUGAGAGAGAAGCCCCAGACCCAGGCCAGUACCGUGCCAGGGGAGGCCAAGGCUGGCGAGGAUGAGGAGCUGAAAGGCUUGCUGGGACUGCCUGAGGAGGAAACCGAACUGGAGAACCUGACAGAGUUUAACACAGCCCACAACAAGCGCAUCUCUACUCUCACUAUCGAGGAGGGCAACCUGGACAUCCAGAGACCCAAGAGGAAGAGGAGAAGCUCCCGGGUGUCCUUCAGUGAAGAAGAGGAGGUCAUCAACCCAGAGGAUGUCGACCCGUCAGUAGGGCGCUUCAGGAACAUGAUCCAGACCGCUGUUGUCCCCAUCAAGAAAAGGAAGAUGGAGGGGCAUGCUGCUUUGAGCCUGGAUGACACUGUGGCACGAAGAGUGCAGAACUUCCCCUUCAGUGGGGGUCUAUAUGGAGAUCUUCCACCCACCAGUCAUGAGGCCGUGACCCACCCAGCUGGAGCCCAGGGAGGAACCACCAUUUUGGGGGGCCUCCCCCUGCCCUUCCCUAACCCUGCCCCGGAGGUGGACCUGACCCCUACCUCGGCACAGCCUCUUGUCACUCUCAACCCCAUCCCUGCACCAGGACCUUACACAGCUGAACCUCUAAACGAGCCGCGCAAGAAGAAAUAUGCCAAGGAAGCGUGGCCUGGGAAGAAGCCCACCCCAUCUCUGCUGAUAUAGCCCCGUCCUGGACAGUGUAGUGGGAGGGGCUAUUAUGUGUAACAUAAGGGGCACUUGGACACACCCUUAAGACUUGUUGACUAAGCUGUGACCAUAAUGUUUUGGAGAUUUGUACGAAUAAUAUAUUGUUUGCUUUUGUUUGUUUGUCUUUAACAUUUAUUUUUUUAUUGCUUAUUUAACAUGGUGACUUGACAUCAUUUAAAUUAUUUUUUACAUUGGACGGUAUAUAAUUGUACUAGUUGGAGUAGGAUCAAUACUAAUACUUUUCCUAAAGGAAAGAAAUUCUACAGUUUUGAUCCCUGCAUUCUUUUUUGUGUCCUUCUGCCGACCUUUCACUGUAUGUACGAUAUUAUUCUGUGUUUAUAUUCCUGGUCCAUUUUCACUCAGACCCAUGGUCCUGCACAGUUAUACAAAAGGCCCGAAUCAAAAAGACUGCAAGGCUUACAUAGCAGUAAUAUAUUAAGACAAGACCAUGAACUGCGAGUGCAAAUUGUCUUUAAAGCAACUCAAUAAAAGAAAACAUUAUUUAUGAGCCAGUUAAUGUUAAUGUUUAUUUCUAUUUUUAUACUUGGGCUUGACAGUUAAAACAGUAAUGAAUGUCAGUUAUGUGUGAGUGUGACAAGAAGAGAAAGAUGUUUGAAACGACAGGCUGGUUAUUAGCAUUCAUAUCUAUUUGAUAUUUGUAUAAUAAACAGUAAUCCAUA